CUGGAGAAAUGCCUCCGAAAGGGAAGAAAAGAGGCCGAGCAGCCUUGACAGCUCCAAAAGAACCUGCUUUUAAAGAGGCCAGAUGUGAGCUGCAGGGGGAGAGCAGGAGACCCAGAUCGCAGAGAGUCGAGAUGAAAAGCCUUGCAACCGGAAAUGUUGCGGAAACCUCAGUGGUAGAAGCCCGUGCUGAGCAGGACGGAAACAAGAGAGCCCACACCCAUUGGCUAAUGAAAUCUGAACCCGAGAGCAGGUUUGAGAAGGGUGUAGAUGUGAAGUUUGGCAUUGAAGAUUUAAAAGCUCAACCCAAUCAGACAGCAUGCUGGGACGGAGUCAGGAAUUACCAGGCACGGAAUUUCCUGAAGGAUAUGAAAGCUGGCCAGAAAGCCUUCUUCUACCACAGCAACUGUAAAGAGCCCGGGAUUGCUGGCAUCAUCAAGAUAGUGAAGGAGGCGUAUCCCGAUCACACCCAGUUUGAAAAGAAAGAUCCUCACUACGAUGCUUCCAGCACCAAAGAGAAACCCAAAUGGUUCAUGGUGGAUGUCCAGUUUAUGCGAAUGACCAAGCGGUUCAUCCCUCUGGCCGAGCUGAAACUUCACCACCAGGCGCACAAAAUCUCCGGAGGGCCCAUGAAAGAUGCGGCUCUCUUCACCAGGCAGAGGCUCUCGGUCCAGCCCCUGACGGAUGAGCAGUUUGCAUUCAUUUUGAGCCUGGAAGAGGAAAAGCCCUGAGAGAUGCACCGAAUUGCUAUCGCUUUGGCUGAGCUGCUGCUGCAAAAA